AUGUUUGCCAAGAAGAUUCUGUUGAUUAGUUUAUUAAUUUAUUGUUGUAUAAAUGUGCAAUGUGACGUUAUACAAUUAGCAUCACGUAAUAUUUCACAAUAUCUUCAAAAUCAUGUUACUUUUAUAAGAUUUUAUUCAAAUUGGUGUCAACAUAGUAAAAAAUUUGAACCAACAUGGAAACGUUUCGCUGAAAUGAAAAAGAAUACUGAUCUUCAUGUAGCUGAUAUUGAGUGUUCCGAAAAUGCUCUUCUAUGUUCUGAUCAUGAUAUAUUCGGCUAUCCAACACUAAAGCUAUUUGUGCGUGGAAGUGGUGCACGAUAUGAAGGACCACGUCAUGUUGAAUCACUCGAUGCAUUCUAUCGAGAAAAAUUAGCUGAAGAUGUUAAUUUUGAAGAUAGUGUUGCAACUAAAUCAGCUAUUAUGGAAUUAACAACGGAAAAUUUUGCUCAGAUGACAUCAAAAGAUUUUGCAUUCAUUGUAUUUUUUGCUCCAUGGUGUGGUCAUUGUAAAGUUUUAAUGCCCAUUUUUCAAGAAUUAGCUAAACAAAUGAUUAAUACUGAUGGAUUAGUAUUUGGAACGAUUGAUUGUACAAUUCAAAAGAGUCUUUGUUCUCAACAUGCUAUUAAAGGUUAUCCAACAUUAAUUUGGUUCGAAAAUGGUGCUGAAAAAGAUCGUUAUGUAGGAGCACGAGAAUUAAAUAUAAUGCGAAAUUAUAUUGAACAAAAAAUAAAACAAGCUAAACCAAUAGCUACAGAACCACCACCAGUAGUUCAAGAUGAACAAGAACAAAUAACUGAAGAAUCUUCUGGAAUAGAUAAUCUUCUUAAUGCAAAAACAUUUACACAAGGAGUUAGUUUUGAAGGUUAUGCAUUUGUUAAUUUUGGUGCACCAUGGUGUUCACAUUGUCAAAAAUUAGCACCAAUUUGGAAUCGAUUUGCACAAAAAUUUUCUCAAUAUGAAGAUAUACGUAUUUUACGUGUGGAUUGUACAGCAAGUGAAUCCUUAUGUCGAGAUUAUGGAAUACGUGCUUUUCCAACACUUAUCUUAUUUCGUUACGGAGAAUCAAAAGUUGAAUAUAAUGGUUCAAGAGAUUUUGACUCAUUAUAUAAUUUUCUUGUUAGUCAAUUAGAGUUUUUUGGUGAUGAUUAUUUAUUAAAACAAGAAAAUGAGAUUAAAAAUGAACUUUAA